AUGGGUAAUAAUUGUUGUAUUACAGCUAUUGAUGCGACAAAAACUUAAGAAGAAAUUGUUUCUUCAAAUAAAUCAGACAGCAUCAGAAAAUCAUAGGGAGACUCAUUGCAAAUAGCUAACUUUUAAGAAUUGAUAUAGGAUCAUAGUUAAUUGUAUACAUACUAAGAUGGGGAUGUUUUAUUAUCUUCUCGUCCUAAUUCUCCUCGUUAAUAACAUGUGAUUAUCUAUUUAGAACCAAAAAUAGUGGCAGAAGAAGAAAUUAAAUUUUAGUCAGAUGCUAUGAAAGGAAUUUUAAGUGCAAGAACAUAUGAUCAAUUUUCAGAAUCCCCUUAUAGUUUUGGAAAUUGUAAAGAAAAACCUUAAAAAAAAGUCUAAUUCAGGGAAUGA